AUGGACUCGAUCAUUCACACUCCACGCCUCAAGCUCACGCUCCUCACCGCCGCACCCCGCUCUUCUCAAGAAUUCGACUGGAUUCAUGAACUCCGAAGCGACAUACAGAGUUCGUGGUGGAGUCUCUACGGUCCCUCAAAGACUCCCGAGGAUACCGAAAAAGCAUUGCAGAAUAUCUUGCCGGUAUCGCGUCCAGAAGGCAAGGAGAAAGUGCACCGCUUCCCUUACGCUGUCCACAAGAUUGCCGGAAAUGAUGAGAGCGACCAGGAGCAAUUCAUCGGCCUGAUUACCCUCCGCACCCUGUCCACCUCUGAAACGAAGUUUCCUCCACGCGACAAGCACGGUUCAACUUCUACAUCGCUUUCACUCGAACUGGCUUACAUGUUUCUCCCGAGAGGUUGGGGGCGUGGGUAUGCUACCGAAUCUAUCACCGCUGUCCUCCAAGAAUGCGUGCGUGUACCGACAGCUCACUGGACCCCAUAUGAGAAAGUGGUUGUGAGAGCGAUUGUGAACGAUGAGAAUGAGGCGAGUCAGAGAGUGAUGGAGAAGUGCGGUAUGGAGGAGCCUGAGGUUAUAGAGUUCGACGGUGGGAGGUUCUUUAUCGCGGGAAAGUGGAGGACAAGACAUCGGUUGUUUGUGUAUGGUAGAGAGAUUGUGGUUGGAUAA